AAGUCGGCGGCUGCUCGGUGCCGCUCGCGAUGGCCGAAGCCGCGGCGGUGGCGGCUGCUCAGGCGCGGGCGGCGCGAAGUGUGCUAGGCCAGGUGGUGCUGCCGGGCGAGGAGCUGCUGCUGCCGGAGCAGGAGGACCUGGAAGGCCCCGGAGGUGCUGGAGAGCGACCGCUGCGCCUGAACGCCGGGCCGCGCUCCCGGGUGCGCGUGGUGUGCGGCCCGGGCUUGAGGCGCUGCGGCGACCGUCUGCUGGUCACCAAGUGCGGCCGCCUCCGCCACAAGGAGCCCGGCGGCGGCGGCGGUGGCGGCGGCGGUGGCGGUGGUGGCGGCGGCGUUUACUGGGUGGACUCGCAGCAGAAACGGUAUGUUCCCGUGAAAGGAGAUCAUGUAAUUGGCAUAGUGACUGCCAAAUCUGGAGAUAUUUUCAAAGUUGAUAUUGGAGGGAGUGAGCCAGCUUCUUUGUCUUACUUGGCAUUUGAAGGUGCAACUAAAAGAAACAGACCAAAUGUACAGGUUGGAGAUCUCAUUUAUGGCCAGUUUGUAGUUGCUAAUAAAGAUAUGGAACCAGAGAUGGUUUGCAUCGACAGCUGUGGACGAGCCAAUGGAAUGGGUGUGAUUGGACAGGACGGCCUGCUUUUUAAAGUGACUUUGGGCUUAAUUAGAAAGUUGCUAGCUCCAGACUGUGAAAUUCUACAGGAAAUAGGAAAACUGUACCCACUGGAGAUAGUAUUUGGGAUGAAUGGAAGAAUAUGGGUUAAGGCAAAAACCAUUCAGCAGACUUUAAUUUUAGCAAACAUUUUAGAAGCCUGUGAACAUAUGACAACAGAUCAAAGAAAAGAGAUCUUCUCCAGACUGGCAGAAAGUUGAUUUUCAUGGACUUAUAUGGGUCGUUUGAUCCAAGAGACUGCGGGUUUCCUAGGAGAAAGUUUUUAGGUAAGCCCUAAAUCUUCAGAAGACAUGUUUUUAUAAAAACGUUACUGGUUACCACCCAUGUUUAUGUGGGUAACAAUACUCUGUAGAAUGUUUUUUUUUUUUACUUGUCUUUUACAAUAAAAUUUACUAAAAGUCA